GUGGAAUACUUAACAGAUUCUCAAAGGAUAUAGCAAUAUUGGAUGACCUACUACCACUUACAAUAUUUGACUUCAUCCAGUUAAUGCUCAUUGUGAUUGGUGCUAUAGCAGUAGUAUCAGUCAUACAACCCUACAUCUUCCUGGCAUCUGUGCCUGUGAUAGGAGCCUUUGUUAUGUUAAGAGCAUACUUCCUGCACACUUCUCAGCAGCUGAAACAACUGGAAUCUGAAGCAAGAAGUCCAAUUUUCACACAUCUUGUUACAAGCUUAAAGGGGCUUUGGACACUCAGAGCUUUCGGACGACAACCUUAUUUCGAGACGUUAUUUCAUAAAGCCCUGAACUUGCACACAGCGAACUGGUUCCUUUAUCUGUCUACAUUACGUUGGUUCCAGAUGAGGAUAGAAAUGAUUUUUGUUGUCUUCUUCACUAUUGUGACCUUUGUUUCUAUUCUAACUACAGGUAACGGGGAAGGAACAGUUGGCAUUAUUCUUACACUAGCCAUGAAUAUUAUGGGAACCUUGCAGUGGGCCGUGAACUCAAGUAUAGAUGUAGACAGUCUGAUGCGGUCAGUGAGCCGAGUAUUUAAGUUUAUUGAUAUGCCAACAGAAGAAUCCAAAACUGCACCGUCUUUGAAAAAUGGAGAGCUUUCACGCACCCUCAUAAUUGAGAAUAGGCAUGCAAAGGAAAAGACUGUCUGGCCAUCUGGCGGGCAAAUGACAGUGAAGAAUCUCACGGCCAAGUACAUAGAUGGAGGACUGGCCAUACUCGAAAAUAUUUCCUUUUCAAUAAGUCCAGGACAAAGGGUGGGUCUUUUAGGAAGAACUGGCUCAGGGAAAAGUACACUGCUCUUUGCUUUUUUAAGACUCUUGACCACAGAAGGAGAUAUUCAAAUUGAUGAUGUCUCCUGGAACACCGUCUCUGUGCAGCAGUGGAGAAAAGCGUUUGGAGUAAUACCUCAG